AUGAUAGCUUAUGUAAACAAUUGUGCAAUCAAUGGUUUCCAGCUUGAAAACUCCGUCACCUUUUUGGCAGCAGGGGAAAGUGAAUGGGUUCAUCACUAUCUUCAUGCUAUUGGCCUGACUGUGUUGCGCUCUUCUGCCCUACGUACAAUCAGGCGGCUGGCUAAAGUAGCGCUGUCAAUAGUUCAAGAAAAAGUUUUGAUGGAAUAUACUAUACAGCCCUUUCUGGUGUUAGACAAUUUUGACAUUCAAGAACAGAUCCAUUACUCUAGAUUAGAGGCCGACUCAUGUAUGUUCCAUGGAACCUAUGGAUAUCUUCAUUUCUUGUCGGAUACAGUUUUAUCACACAAAGAGGUUAAGCCUGGACACUUAAGCUUGGAUAGUUUUGUGGAAGCUAUGCAUCAAGCAGAAACCAAGGAAGUUGAUGUUAAAACCUUUCUACCAGACAAGAAAGCUUGGGCUCAAUGGGAAGAACCUACCAAGGCUCAACUUUCUCAGGCUUACUUGGAUUAUAUUAUCACCAACAACCGAGACAUCAUUCCAGAAAAGCAGCCAAACUUAUCACGGACUUCACCCGCUGUGGAACCUUUGCCAGUCAAAAAGGCUGAUGUGAUGAUGUUGCCUUUGAUGGACUUAUAUUCUGGUUUGGCCAAAGAUGACAAAGACAUCCCCUUUUCAAAGAGCUGGGAAUCACUCGCAGGAAAGACUGAACGUCCAGCAGCCAAGAAAGACUUUAGCCUGAUCAUGCGUAUGAUCAAUCACACUCAUUUUGCCACGAUGGUGUGGUGCUUAAACUGUUUCCUUGUCUAUAUUUCAUUGUUGACCGUUCCAUCCUGA